GUGACGUUUGAAGCCUUCCUCGACGUGUUCUUGGCAAAGUCUGGGCGCAGAAGAACAGAAUUGGGUGACGAUGCCAUUUUCAGUGUGCUUACCCCGCUUGCCUUCCGCAUGCUCAAGCUAUUUCCAUUUCUUAGGGGGCACAGUUUUAAUGGACAAACGCUUUCUAUAGCGAUACCCUCGCCCACCACUCUUGUUUGUGCGUUAGCGAGCAAAGCGAUAUGCAUCGAACGCGUAGCUCGCCACUUGAGGCGUGCAGCAAUGGGGGUACGAGCGAGAAGGUAGCGCUGCUGGUAGAAGAGGAGCCCGUCAAGCCAUCGCCUGAGGACCCGGCCGAGCUCGCCGCACAAGCUAGCGCUGCCCUGGAGGCGUCUAGGCGUGCAUUUGCCUGUCGCGUGGUCGCUGGUGGCCUCGGAGUGCUCUUCAUCGUCCUCCUCGCGUGUCAGGGCCUGAAUUCGUCUACAUCUCCUGAUACAGCCCGCUCCUUCAGCUCGCACUGCCUGUCCAGCUCGGGCGGAGGCGUGGUUGGGCCGCGCGGCAGCCUGCUGCAUUUCGACCCCAGUUGCACGGUGGAGCUCAGGGAGUACUUUGACGGAGCCUACUUUGCCGAGGUGCGCCGCGUGGCCGACGCCGCCACCGCCUACUUCCGAGCCCUGGUCGCCCGACAGAACCGGCAGGACCAACUCGCCGGCGCCGCCGCGCCCCGCGCCAGCCGCGGCACCGUCGUCUUCGACAUCGACGAGACCGCCCUCUCCAACCUCGACACGUUCUUCUCCCGGGCGGCGCCCUGGUCGCGGCUGCUGGGCAUGGGCCCCGCCGCAGACGACUGCGUGCACCCGCACCUCGAGUACAUGCCGUUUGCCGGCGCGCCGGCCUCGCCGCCGCUGGUGCUGAUGGCGGGCAAGGGCGCGGCGGGCGAGGGGGCGCCGGGCGCGGCGGCGGGCGAGGGCGGCGCGGCGGCGGGCGGGCCGCGGCUGUGUGCCUCGCCGCCGCUGAAGGCGAUGCUGGACCUGUACGAAUUCCUGGCUGCGAGCAACUUCACUCUGGUGUUCCUCACUGGCCGCAGCGAGGACGCUCGCGCCCAGACCGCCGCCAACCUCGCCGAGGCCGGCUACGGCAACCUCUGCUCCGCGCCCUCCGGAACUGCCGCAGCGGCCGCCGCCGGCGCGUUGUCGCUCUCAGCGGCGUUUGACGCCGCCACCGCGCCCAGUCGCAGCAGCGGCGCCGACGGCUCCGCCGGCGGGCCGCUGCGCCGCCGCCAGCUGGCGCAGCAGCAGGAAGCUACAGCUACAGCCGCCAGCGGCACCGGCAGUAGCACCAGCGGCCUGGCGGCGCCGUGCUAUGAGGCGUUGCUCAUGCGCCAGGUGGGCGACGAGCGGCUGGCGAGUGUGUUCAAGGCGGAGGCGCGCGCGGCGCUGACGGCGGGCGGCGCUGGCGGCGGACAUGUGAUUGUGGGCAACAUCGGCGACCAGUACAGCGACCUGGUGGGCGAGGCGGCAGGCGCUGCGUCCUUCAAGCUGCCCAACCCGGUCUACACACUACUGUAAGCGCACGGCACUGCACGGAGCGACGCAGCGGCGGCGACGCCGUUGUAGUUUGACGUGUCUGACAUCUUGGAGCAGAUGCAAUGUAUGGGACUUGAGAAGGCCGGGACCCGGACUCCCGGAGGAAUCUUGGGCGCGCGAGUGAUCACGGUUCAGUUGCGGUGUGCUAGCGCGGAGGCCGCCGGCGGCAUUGGCGGGCAGCACGUAAGCUGGCAGCAGCGCGGUGGUUGACGUCGCGACCCCAUGACGUAUGUAUUUCCUACUUGGCUUGAGGCUUGAAGCGUGAGGCUCAGCGCCCGUUUGCAACCGACCAUGCACGACGGCGGUUGGGCACUGUGUCGGUGGCGGGCAAGGCGUGCUGCGGGCGCAUGUGGCUAUACAACUAAAUACACAUGCACGUCACGCCGCCUGCCACUGGGUUCACUGGUAGCACUGGUAUCUGCAUUGUACUAUGCGUUGUUGGGCAUGUGUUGUAUGAUAUGACUAUACCGUAAGCGUGCUCGCAAGCGUGCAGUCUGUGUUUAGGACAGUCGUGCAUCACUUGCAAGGGUGUUUGGCACACUAUACCGUAAGAGGUUUCGCGGGUGUGCAGUCUGUGUGUCAGGACAGUCGUGCGUCAGUGCAUCAGGACAAUGGCGUGGAUGAACUCGGCGGCCAAGUCGGGCCAUCGCCGUGACACAGAUGACAGCGGGCGGGCAGGACGUUGCGCAUCCGAAGGCAUCAUUGCAGUUGCUUGACCGGCCGGGGAGAGUCACAAAGCGAAGUGUGCUGAUUUUGACAAUGACGUGUCUGCGUGGUGUAUCGGGACGACACGAUGAACGGGGUUUUGGCGGGUUAGGGUUUGCGUGCGGACGAGGAACGACUGCCGGCAUGCGGCUCAGAGUCAUACGGAGUCAUAGCUCUGGGGUAUCGAUUACAGACGAAUGCGGUACCAGAAGAGGCUGUAACAUUAGUUUGAGGACGAGGUCAGGCUGAGCUGUUACCCUGCAAGCGGUGCGGAACUGGGGCGUUUGGUGAUUUGGGUACCAGCGAUCUGGGGGUGGGGCAUGGCAUGACACGCAACAUCCUUAGCGAGCCCAGCGAUCUGCACCGGACGUGUAGCACGCCACUCGAGGCGUGCAGCCAUGGAGGCUGCGCUGCUCGCUGAAGAGAAGCUC